AUGACAUCCACCACCACCAUGAUCACUACAACAUUCCUCAUCUUCCUCUUCAACUCCACCACCGUGAAUUCGGCUUUCUUCAUACCUAAAACCGACGUAAAUCUUUUAGAGUUCCCACUGAAUCUCGAGUAUUUCGAAGCCGAAUACUUCUUAUUCGGAUCCAUGGGUAAGGGUCUGGACACUAUCGAACCCAGUCUAGCCGCAGGCGGCCCGCCACCCAUCGGCGCAAAACAGGCCAAUCUUAGUCUUCAUAUCAAAGACAUCAUCACUCAAUUUGGUUAUCAAGAAGUUGGUCACUUAAGGGCAAUUAAGAAGAGGGUACGAGGAUUUCCUAGGCCAUUGUUGAAUCUAAGUGCAGAAGCAUUUGGGACCGUUAUGAAUGCUGCAUUUGGGAUGCCUUUAUCUCCACCCUUCGAUCCUUAUGCUAAUGACAUUAAUUAUCUUAUUUCGUGCUACGUCAUCCCUUACGUCGGCCUCACCGGCUACGUUGGAGCAAAUCCGAAACUCCAUAGCCCAGUUUCAAGGAAGCUUGUUGCGGGAUUAUUGGGAGUGGAAUCAGGUCAAGAUGCGGUCAUUAGAAGCCUCCUUUAUGAACGGGCAAACAAAAAAGUGGUUCCAUACAAGAUAACUGUAGGCAAAUUCACACAAAAAAUAUCACAACUACGCGAUAAGUUGGGCAAGGACGGGUUAAAGGAUGAAGGACUUAAGGUACCCAUCAAACUCGGGGCAGAAAAGAAGAUACAAGGGAAUGUGUUAGCCGGUGACGAAGAUUCAUUGGCAUAUGGUCGAACACCACAAGAAAUACUAAGAAUAGUGUAUGGAACCGGAGACGAAAAAGCCCCGGGUGGGUUUUACCCGAAAGGGGGUGAUGGGGUUAUCGCGAAAAGCUAUUUAAGGCGUUGAUGAAUUUAGGUUAAAAUAUUUGCAAUAGAGCCCGUUGUAUUUUUAUUUCAAUAAACAUUUCAAGAUUUAUAUU